AAAGUGCUACAAAAUAUUAUUUGCCAUUGCAAAGAGUUUACAAAUAAUCGCAACAAAUAAGAGAUAUCAGUCUUCGAUAUGGGUUCAUUGCCACAGCUAUCGAUUGUUAAGGGUCAACAGCAGGAUUUUGCGCCCAGAGCGCUGCAUCGCAUAUUUGAGGAGCAGCAAUUGCGACAUGCCGACAAGGCGGCAUUAAUCUCCCAGGGGGGUUCGGGAAUGGCUCCCAGUCAGAGCAGCUAUCGCCAAAUGAACGAGCGGGCAAAUCGAGCCGCUCGUCUCUUGGUGGCCGAGACCCAUGGACGAUUUCUGCAACCCAAUAGCGAUGGCGACUUCAUUGUGGCCGUUUGCAUGCAGCCUUCAGAGGGUUUGGUCACUACUCUAUUGGCCAUUUGGAAGGCUGGAGGAGCCUAUUUGCCCAUUGAUCCCAGUUUUCCAGCCAAUCGCAUCCAUCACAUUCUAUUGGAGGCACGUCCCACUUUGGUGGUGCGCGACGAUGACAUCGAUUGCAAUCGCUUCCAGGGCACACCCACAUUGUCAAUGACCGAGCUCUAUGCCAAAUCCCUACAGUUGAGCGGCGCCAAUCUUUUGUCCGAGGAGAUGCUGCGCGGUGGCAAUGAUCACAUUGCCAUUGUCCUGUACACCUCUGGCAGCACUGGAGUGCCCAAGGGCGUGCGUUUGCCACACGAGAACAUAUUGAAUCGCUUGCAAUGGCAGUGGGCAACAUUCCCCUAUACCAGCAAUGAGACAGUGAGUGUCUUCAAGACAGCUCUGACUUUUGUGGACUCGAUUGCCGAACUGUGGGGUCCCCUGAUGUGUGGUCUGGCCAUUCUGGUGGUGCCCAAAGCUGUUACCAAGGAUCCCCAGCGUUUGGUUGCUCUGCUGGAGAAAUACAAGAUCAGGCGUCUGGUUCUGGUGCCCACAUUGCUGCGUUCUCUUCUCAUGUAUUUGAAAAUGGAGGGCGGUGGAGCGGCUCAGAAGCUACUGUACAAUCUACAGAUUUGGGUCUGCUCUGGUGAACCUCUAGCCGUGCCCUUGGCCAGCAGUUUCUUCGACUACUUCGAUGAAGGUGUUCAUAAACUAUACAAUUUCUAUGGAUCCACCGAAGUUAUGGGCGAUGUGACCUACUUUGCCUGCGAGAGCAAGAAGCAAUUAAGUCUCUACGACAAUGUGCCUAUUGGCAUUCCUGUAUCCAAUACUGUCAUCUAUCUGCUUGACUCGGACUAUCGUCCGGUUAAGAAUGGGGAAAUUGGUGAAAUCUUUGCCUCGGGCUUGAAUCUGGCUGCUGGCUAUGUUAAUGGACGUGACCCAGAGCGCUUCCUUGAGAAUCCACUUGCAGUGGAGAAAAAAUACGCCCGUUUGUAUCGAACUGGAGACUAUGGAGCUCUAAAGAAUGGCAAUAUUAUGUACGAAGGACGCACAGAUUCGCAAGUAAAAAUACGUGGACAUCGUGUUGACUUAUCGGAGGUGGAGAAGAAUGUGGCCGAACUUCCACUGGUGGAGAAGGCCAUUGUUCUAUGCUACCAUGCCGGUCAUGUGGAUCAGGCCAUUUUGGCCUUUGUCAAGCUACGCGAUGACAGCCCGGUGGUCACAGAGCUGCAGUUGGAGGGCCGUCUCAAGGACAAGCUGGCCGACUAUAUGACUCCACAGGUAAUCAUUGUGGAGCAUGUGCCAUUGCUGGUAAAUGGCAAAGUCGAUCGCCAGUCUCUGCUGAAGACUUACGAGACGGCAAACAACAAUGAAGGCGAUUCCAGUAUUGUGCUAGAUUUCGACUACUCUCAAGUGCCCGAGGAGUUGAAGCUAACGGCCCGGGAUCUCUUUGAGACUGUGGGUGGCGUAAUUGGCCGGUCCACACGUACCACCCUGGCUCCGCACAGCAAUUUCUAUGAGUUGGGCGGCAACUCGUUGAAUUCCAUUUUCACGGUGACUCUGCUGCGCGAGAAGGGCUACAACAUUGGCAUAUCCGAGUUCAUUGCGGCCAAGAAUCUGGGCGAGAUUAUUGAAAAAAUGGCAGCCAAUCAUGAUGCAGUGGACCUGGAAGAAGAAUCCCUCAAUGCCUGCCCACAUUUGAAAAUGGAGGCAGUGCCAUUGCGUUUGGAGCAUCGACAGGCUGUAAUUGACAUCAUUGUGGAUAGUUUCUACAACAAGGCCGACUUGGAGCAGUGGCUAAAACCGGGCGUACUUCGCAGUGAUUACAGUGAUAUACUCAAUGAUAUCUGGACUGUUCUGGUGGAGCGGGAACUAAGCUUUGUGAUCUAUGACCGCAAUACGGGUGGCAUUAUUGGCACCGCUUUGAAUUUCGAUGCUCGCGCUGAACCCGAAGUAGAUAUCAAAUCCAAGUUGUUAAUUGUCUUUGAGUUUCUAGAAUUCUGUGAAGGACCAAUUAGAGACAACUAUUUGCCCAAGGGUCUCAAUCAAAUCCUUCAUUCGUUUAUGAUGGGCACAUCCGAGAAACUGAAUCCCCGUGAGAAUAUUGCUUGCAUGCAUUUCAUGGAGCAUGAGGUUUUGCGUGUGGCACGCGAGAAACAAUUCACCGGCAUCUUCACUACCAACACCAGCCCUCUGACACAGCAAUUGGCCGAGGUGUAUCACUACAAGACGCUUCUCAAUUAUCAGGUCAAUGAAUAUGUUUAUUCCGAUGGCAGUCGACCAUUUGGAGAUGCGCCCGACGAUCAGCGCGCCAUUGUCCAUUGGAAGGAAGUGGCCAAGUGAAGUGGGAGAGAUCAACAGAUCGACAAAUUGAAUAGCGAAUUUAUCACGCACCACACGUAUUAUUAUAUUUCCCAUAGUAUUAAACUUAGGCAUAGUUUAACUAUAGUAUAACUAUAAACUAUAAAUUUCUAAAACCAUAUGUUGACUAGUUGUAAGCUUUCGCUUUCGAUGCAAUUAAACAAUCAACAAUCGACAAUUAA